GACUGCGGCACAGAGAGGACCGUGGGAACAAGGAAACACAGCAUGGCCAGAUCACCUCACCAAGAGGAGAGCAGGCAUGAGGUCUGCAAACUGACCCCCUAUCAGUGGCUGCAGCAACCCAAAUCCAGUCAGUGCAAACCCCACCUCCAGGUGUUGGACUCCUCCCUGCCAGAUCAGCAAACUUUCUGUUGCUGCUGUUACACAGCCUCUGCAGCUUCUCCUGCAAACACCUCACCCUCAAACACAGCCAAGCCAACAGACCCUCAGGCAAACACCACUCAAAGCCAGACUUCACCUCCACUCACCACGCCCAACAACACAGUGACUCCCACCACCCAAGCCACCAAACAGGCCCCUCCACCUCCACAGUGUUCUUACAAUGUUGUACCCAUCACCUCUGGCUUCAGGAUUGACAUGACAAGCUCUACCCCUGGCAACUACAUCAUAAACAUUACAGACAAAGGCCGAAAUGAACCCACUGUUCAGUCCUUCAGUGGAACCUCACAUGAAAUCAAACACCUGAAGCCCUGUACUGAAUAUGAGCUCAGUGUUGCAUAUCGUGAUGAUGCUGGCAAUGAAACACUCUGUACCAGCACUCAAAGUAAAAUGAAGACAACUGGAAUGAGUAAAGGAGACAUUAAAGAAGGCAGCUGCAUGCAUGGAUAUGUUUGUUACCAGAGUGAUUGGGACAUCAGCUCUUCACUGUCAACAUCCAAUAAUAUCCCAGCUCAGCCAUGCAAAAGCAGCAAUACAGAGCUCUGCAUUAAACCUGAUUACAAUGACAUCUGCACUGCUCUGACUACAACCUUCACUUCAGGAGACUGUGCCAACACCUUCAGCCACACCAAAAGCAUCACUGUCGCAGAUUUCUUAGAUCCAAAUAAAAUAAUUCAGAUACCUCCAACUGGACUUCCUGCAAAAAUAGAAGCAGAAUUACCUAAACACUGCACCGAUCUCACCGUCGAUUACACCUGUCAGGAUGAACUCGGUGACAUCAAGAAUGAGUCUGAGCUGGAGCCCUUCACACAUUACAACUGUACUGGUCACAUCAAGAACAACAAUGUCCCCAUUAAUCAAACCAAAGCUAUCGACUUCAAAAUCAACUGUGAUCUUACAAUAACAACAGAGCCAAGGAAAACUAAUACCUCCAUUGAUCUGACAUGGACCACGACCAGUCAGAACUGUUCAGUUCUUCCUGGUCUUCCAAACCUUUCAUAUGACUGCAGCUGUGUCUCUCGUUCCAACCACAAACUCAGUGGAGGAAUGUGUCGUUUUACUGGACUGGAUCCAUUCACCAUGUAUAAGUGUACAGUUCAACCCAAGUACAACGACAAGGAAGUUGCCAGUCCAUCUCCAGUUACUGAGGUUUGGAUUAAUCCUGGAAAACCAGAAGAUAUUCCUCAUGUGGAGUGGAUUAAUCCAGAGCAUAACGUGGUCACAGUAAGCUGUACUUAUGGAAAACGCUUUAAUGGACCUGAGAAGAAAUACAUUGCACAUCUGUAUUAUAAUGGUGCCCUUCAGGAGGAGAAGCCUCCAGUACAACACUGCGAAUUUGAAUUUAAAGAUCUAAGCUACUUAACAGGAUAUGAAGUGAAGGUGUUUGCUUUCAACGGACACCAUUACAGCAACCCCAAGAUAAUAUUUGUGACCACUUCCUACAAUAUCACAGCUCUCAUCGCUCGUUUGGUCGUCUUCAUCAUUGCAUCUGUGGCCUUGGUUGUGGUGGUCUACAAGAUCUACAUUCCAUGGCACAAAAAGUCCAGAAAUGAUGCCAAUGACGAUAUGGUGCUUGAAUCAACAGAAGAUUACGUUAAUGUUCCUCAACAUGAACACCACUGUUAAGACAACAGUGAAGCAAAAAGGCCUGACGGAGCUGCCAACCAAAUCAUCACCACUCAUCUAACUUCGCUCUGUAUAUAGUAUUUUAUCCUGUUUACAUUGGCAAUAGUCUAAUUAAGAUUCGAUACAUUGAUAAUGCUUUGCUUGACAGAGGUACAUGUUUAUUUUUGUUGAAUAAUUAUACUUUUUUUCUGUUGUUUUAAUGUGCACUAUGUGACAAGUGGAGCUGCCAUUUCCUCUUCAAAAUUUUAAUCUUGGUGACAUGAGAUGAGAUGAUAAGACAAAUUUGGUCAAGUUUAAGGUUACACAAUUUAAAGGGAUAGUGCACCCAAAAAUGAAAAUUCACCCAUUAUCUACUCACCCAUAUGCCGAUGGAG